AUGCCCUUGAAAAUUGACAAACCUAUGGCUACUGUCUUUCUACCACGUAUUGCGUCUCCUGAUUCCAAGGACAGAAACGUCCCACGAACAAUGACAUCCAGCCAUAGCCCGCCAUUUAAGACAACAGUCCCAGGCGACCGAGACAAUGAUGACGAUGGUAUAAAGACAGAAAUAAAGACAGAGACUGUGUGGGAGACGAUGAAUCCAUAUACAGAAACAGAAGCCAGUACAUCAGUUGCUACUUCACGUCCACGAACGAAGAUUGCAGCGACUCCAGUUACUACUAUUACUACUACCAAAAUUGAUGCGAACUAUUCUACAGCCAGUCCUACUGCUAUUCAAAGUCCCGGAUCCCUCGCACCCGAGUUCCAGGAGUCUCGUGGGCUAUCGGACGGGGCGAUCGCUGCAGUUGUUCUUGGCGUUGUAUUCGGUUUAGCUGCCAUAGCAUUAGCAGCAUGGUUCUUAUUCUAUAAGAGGCACAGAGGUUCAACGAUCAGUCGAGCCACUUCUCCGAAAACUCCCAUCUACAACCCUCCACCUCCAAGUUCGACAUUGCCAACCCCUCCUCCCAUUGCAGAGUUGAGCUCUCAGGGUGACGGAUCGCCCAGCAUGGAGGACUCGUGGGCUAGCUAUGGCGACCGUGUGCGAUCGCCGACGCCCCAGCCUGCGGUGGCAGAGGUGAAGAGCUUUACCCGGGCGUGGCAGAAACCCCGUGUUUACACGGUCGGCGGCGGUCGUAUUGCGGAGCUUCAUGGUUCGGAGCCUUCGACGAGUAACGAUGAUGGGGAUGAUAAGAUGUCGCCCAUCUCGCCGAUGUCUAGGGCCGGGCCGUUUGUUGCUGAUCGUCGUGUGGUGAGCCCGAUGUCUUUGACUUCGAGGUUCAGUACAUUGUCGUCUAGAGCAGACUCGAGCCCUGGACGAGAGGAGAGCCCGAGGAGAGGGUUCUAA